AAAAAUGGUGCUACGAAUAUGCAGGUGACGAAUCGAUGAGAUACCGUUUAAGAUUGAUGAAUUUGUAAACAACAUGAAAUAGGAAAUACAAACAUAAAGAAAGGUCAACUCGUUGUACAUAUUUUCGGACCUGGCCUUUUCAGUUCUCACGAUGACUCUUAGGUAAAAGAACAUUCGUUAGAAAUGGAUGAUGAUUUGUAUACUAUGUCGAGGAAACCAGACGUUUCAAUUGAAAAUGUAUUUAUUCCAAUCAAUAUCAAGGAAAGAAUGAAGAAAUCGGUCAUUUUGCCUUUUAAAUCCUCAGAGAUUAAAGAGGCUGCUGAAAAUGUAGGUCAUGUUAUCUUGUACGGGGAACCCGGAACUGGGAAGACUCUCCUGACUUACGCUAUAGCAACGGAACUGAAACACGUGACCUGUUUCAGUCUCUCUUUCUACGAACUAAAAAACGAUGGAGAUGUGCGAAACCUUUUAUCUCAAGCAAGGCUUAAAAGGCCAGUAAUAAUUUUCUUGGAUGAUGUUGAGGUACUAAGUGUUACAGAAACAGACCAAGGAAAAAGGAUUGCAUCCGAAUUUCUACUUCAGCUUCAAGGGUCACCUAACAAUAGCACAGAAGACAUAUUAGUAGUCGGAAUGACAAAUAAACCCUGGAAAUUAAAUUCCGCUGUAUUAAAUUGUUUUCCUAUCAGAAUUGAAAUUCCAUUACCAGAUGAUAUGGAAAGAUUUGAUAUAUUUAAAUAUCAGUUAAAGGGUGUCGACAUUGAUCUAUCUGAUAAAGAAUUCCAGGAAAUUGUGAAACGGACACAUGGAUUCACUGGUGCUGAUAUUGUUGUACUUGUUCGAGAUGCUUUAUUGCAGCCGGUGCGAUUGAUUCAAAGAGCAACACAUUAUGUAAAAGUUCAAGAAACAACUUCAGAUAACCAGCAGACAGCGGGUGAGAAAUGGACACCUUGUUCUCCAGAAACUCCAGGAGCUGUAGCCAUGACGUGGUCAGAAUUAAAGGAAGACCAGAUCUUUUUACCAAAGCUUAAAAUGGAUGACUUCCUUAAAAGUUUAUCAACAACAAAACCAUCUACUGAUGAUAAGUACCAUGAUGCAAUUGCCAAAUUUACAAAGGAUUUUGGGAACUAGAGCAUGAAGCUGUACAAUCAUGACGCAUGAAGACAAUAGAAUCCCGUUCUCACUUGCACGUUCCGAUUUGCCUCCCACUGUUCAGAAGAUUUACCACUAUAAUGAUUGUUAUAUUUAUUAAAGCCUAUCACAAAAGAAAAGAAUAAUUAACAUGUAGAACAUGAGUGAUUUCUCUAAAAAUAUGGUAUAUAUGUAUAUUUCAUGAAGAAAAAAAUGCAUUUCAAUAAGAUAUGCAUGUGCUCUGUUAGUACAUGUAGAUGUAUUACGACAUCCGAACUAACUUUCAAUAAAGAUACACAUGUUUAUGUAUGUAGGAUAUCACGAAAAAAGAUAUUUUAAACAUUUUUAAUAACAGAACAACAUUAUACUAUUUUUAAUUUUUUGUGAUACUGAAAUUUCAUUAAAAUUUAAUUUAUAAAU